AGUGGCCCAGCUGUUACACUACACUAGCCUGAGUCAGGCAUUGUUUUCCAAGCCACUAUCCCCGAUCGGGCCAACGCAGCCUUCAAGGGGGGGAUGUGACCCGGAGAAUAGCCCGCAGAACCUUCCAAGAUGGACACCUUGUCUCUUUUUGUUUUUUUUUUUUAUCAUUUAUUUUAUUUUUAUUUAUUUUUUUCGGUUUGUUUCCUUUUCAUACUAUCCCAUGUUGUCCACUCUCUACUGUCUCUAUCUAGAAACUGCAGGUUGUGUUUAUAUUUGUUAUUUUUGUUUGUUUUUUUUAUUAUUGUCCAACCCCCCCACUCCCCUCUCUCUUUCCGCUACAGCUGGAGCUUGUGUGUGAUUGAGUUCAGUCCAGGUUGCUACGGCACACCGCUGGGAAAUGUGCCACACAAAAGAUGCUAUGAGGAUCACUAACUCUUUUGUUCUCUUGUCUCCUGCGUCUGUUGACGUAGUGAAGGGCUAGUCUUGGUGGGGAAAAAAAAUGAUGCAGCCAUUGGGGUUGUCUUGUGUUGCACACCUUUCCAACACUGCGAAACGAUCGCCCCCUCCCCCCACGGAAAAGCGCCCAUGCUUGAUAUCGUAUGGUUCAUGACCAAUAUGUUUCCAGUACAGGGAAAAUUCCAGAAGAGGCCAAGGCUCUGUCUCUGUUGGCACCUGCCACCCCGGUACCCAGUCUGAUUCCCGGCGGAGGGUUGCUGCCGAUUCCCGCUCCGGCUCCGCUUCAGAACCUGAGCCUCCCUUUAGUGAGUCGGAUCACAGCGGGGCUCGAUCCCACGGCGUCCGUGCUCGCUCAGCCUCCCCUCGUCGGGAAUGUGGACCCAUCUAAGAUCGACGAGAUUAGGAGGACGGUUUAUGUUGGAAACCUAAACUCACAGACCACCACUGCUGAGCAGCUGCUGGAGUUCUUUAAGCAGGUGGGAGACGUGAAGUUUGUUCGAAUGGCCGGAGACGAGACUCAGCCGACCCGCUUCGCCUUCGUAGAGUUUGUAGAGCAGGAUUCUGUGGCCAGAGCCCUCACUUUAAACGGAGUCAUGUUUGGAGACAGACCCCUGAAGGUCAAUCAUUCCAAUAACGCCAUCGUAAAACCGCCUGAGCUGACACCCCAGGCUGCUGCUAAGGAGCUGGAGAGUGUGAUGAAGAGGGUGAGGGAGGCCCAGUCCACCAUUGCUGCUGCCAUAGAACCUGUGGAAAUAAAGCAACGCUCUUCCAGCCGCUCUCAAAGGUCACGCCGGUCCCGUUCCCGGACGCGCUCCCGUUCCCACUCCAGGUCCCGUAGGAAGAGGUCCCGCUCCAAACACAGACCGUCACAAAGGUCCUGGCCGGGGGCCGACUCCCACAGUUCAAGAAGCGGCCAUAAGAGGCGCUCUCGUUCCAGGGACAGGAGGCACGCCAGGAGUCGGUCCAGGGGCCACAAACGGAGGAGCAGAGAUCGGUCCAGAAGCCCCCGAAGGAAAGCAAGAUCACCUUCACCAAAACGAAGUAAAAGGGAGAAGAGGAGGGAGCGCAGCAGAGACAGGAAGGAGCGCUCCACAUCCAGGAAGAGGAGUCACAAAGAGGAGGAUCGGAUAAAGAGCAAAUCCAAGACCACCAAGCAGGACUACAAAAGGGUAGAAAAGGAAGAUUAUCGGAGUGACAGAGACGGCUCAAGUGAAGAAAUGACGUCAUCACCGUGCGCCCAGCACAAUGGCAGCUACAAAACUCACAGCGAGGAGGACGUGUUCCUGGGCAGGCAUGCCACCAAGUGAAGCUGAAUCUGUUCACGUCUCCUUCGUGCAUCAUAUGCGUCAUUUUUCACCUCAUCACAAGUUUCUUCCUUUUCAUAUGAACUCCUGGAAACCCAAGGAUUCUGAUGCUGACCUCCUUUUUUAAUGCCUGAAGGACAGGUGUCGCUUUCAGUGUUGGGGAGAGGGUGUGUGAUACAGGCCCCUCCCCCCCUUCAGAAUAAAAGCACAUUAAGUUCAUCCUAACAGCGGCGCUUGUUUCAAAGCGGUGAAACUGGAUGACGUAAUGUUGCAGAAAAGCCAGUAGUCUCCUCCCACACUGCUGAAGGCUUGAAAGCUGCUGUGAUUUAUCGAAACAUGUUGGAAACAUGGAGGACUGAGCCAGCUGAAGAGCCUCCGACCUACAUUAACACAGAACUUUUCUUUUUCUGAUUUUAACUGCGGCUUUAUCUUUGACUGUAAACUUAAUGUCUCUGAGUGGCAGUCUAUAAUGAUUUUAUAUGUAAAACAAACAGCCUACUACAUUAGUUUUGAAACACAGUUACCCUGGUAAAACUGAGCAUUUUCACUGGUUUUUUGGCUGGAAAUAUUUAAAAUCUUGCAGUAUUAUGAAAAAAUAUUGUGUUCUUUGAGCCAGCUGACUGGUAAAGUAGAGGAGAUUCACUCUAUGCUCCAAACGGCAUAAAACUAUUCACCCCAGCAGGUUUAUUUUAGUUUUUUUAUUCCCUGACAUCUUAGUUAAGUAUCUAAAAUCAUUGCAACGGUUUAAACAUACAUUCAUACCAGUAACAAAUUCAUGCCUCAAGAAUCACAAGUGACGGCAACAUUAAAAAAUAAAAACUGUAUCAUAAAUAUUGUCUUAUUUAUUUAAAAAGAGAAAAGGUUCCAACUUAAGGAUGUUUGAUGCAAAAGAAUGAAAUUAUUUAAUUUUAUUUGUCAUUAUUAGAAUGUGUUCAGGUAAAGAGCGAGGGCACAUAAAGUUUGACAGGGAUUUUCAUAUUUUCAACUUAAAAAAAAAAAAAAAAAAACAACUAGACCUGUUUGGUCAACCAUAAAAAGCCUAAAUAUCCAGUAAUGAUUACUUUUUGUCAGCAAAUUAGUCAUGAAUAUAUAGUUUGUAGCCAGAUUCAUAGGGUAGUUUCAUCAUAUUGUGUGUUUUAUAAUCUGUUUGUAUG